CAGAGCGCGCGGCGCUGGAGCUGCAGGUUGGUUUUACCGCAGCGGCGGAGACAUGAGCGCUUCUGCGGGCUCGACACGGCUGGAUUCCCGCAGCUCUGGGACCUCCAGUGUCGUUUCACCGGUCUGAGGGUUUUGAUUCAGGACCACUGGGUAUCAGCAGCACCGCAGAGCGGCAUGUUGGAGAAGUCAGAGAUGUUAGGAAGCUCCGGCGGUCCUCUGACCGGGCUGAUGCUAUUUGCAUAGCCAAGCGCUGCUGGCUGACCGGACUUUGGAUUUAACUUCGGGUGGUCUGGAGUGUCGAAGCAGCGCUGCAUGAACCUCGGAUACUUCACUGAAGCUCACACACCAACCAGCGUGUUUUAUUUGACCUGGUGACCAGUCUGCAGAUGUGCGUCUACAUGGAGACCCGACCUCUUUACCCAGUGACCGUCUGAGCAUCGGGAGAGAGUGAGGAUGCUGGGGGAGGGGAGAGGAGCAGUGGAGGAAUGGCUUUCAGAAUUCAAGACGUUACCUGAGUCUCAGUUCUCCAGCUAUGCGAGCACUCUCUAUCAGAAGAAGAAUCUGGUGCCAGCCCUCUACAGAGUCAUCCAGGACCCCAACAGUGAGCUCUUAGAGCCCGUGUGCCAUCAGCUGUUCGAACUGUACCGGAACUCAGACGACCGUCUGCGGCGCUUCACCCUGCAGUUCCUACCCGAGCUGGUUUGGAUGUACUUGCGUUUGACGGCCAGCAGGAACCGCCAGAGCAACGGCUGCAUAGAGGCACUGCUGCUGGGCAUCUACAAUCUGGAGAUUGUGGACAAAGAAGGAAACAGCAAGCUGUUGUCAUUCACGAUUCCUUCACUGUCCAAACCUUCUGUUUAUCAUGAGCCCUCCAGUCUUGGUUCCAUGGCUCUAACAGAGGGAGCUCUGUGUCAGCAUGAUCUGAUCAGAGUGGUGUACAGUGGCCUGCAUCCUCAGAGAGAGACUUUCACUGCACAGAACAGGUUUGAGGUGCUGUGUUUCCUGAUGCUGUGUUACAACUCAGCUGUGGUAUACAUGCCCCCUUCUUCCUACCAGGCUGUGUGCCGCAUGAGCUCACGGCUGUGUGUCUGUGGGUUUCCGCGGCAGCAGCAGAAGAUGUGGCGGGAGCCGUGUAACCGUGUAGUGCUGGACGCUGAGUUCAUGGUGCAGAUGCUCACAGCCGUCUAUCACGCCAUUUAUAAUGGAGAGUGGGACCUAGGGAGAGAAGCACUGGAUGAUAUUUUGUACAGAGCCCAGCUGGAGCUCUAUUCUGAGCCGCUACUGUUGGGGAACGCGAUGAAGAACUCAUUGCCAGACAGUGCUCCCGAUGGCACUCGUGGAAAGAAGGUCCUGCAGGUAGAGGUGACGCCCACCAUAAGCAGAAUCUGCCGCUCAGCUGUCACAGCAGCGUCCAUCCGCAGACUCCGCUGGAAGAGAGAAGAUUGUUUUGACUUCUCAACUGAAGCAGAGUUCAACCUCACCAUCCAAUCUGGUCGCCACACCCCCAAGGACCUGGCAGACAAUCCUGUGCGAGGAGGGAGGGGCAUACUCACAGUCACAAAUGAGGACGCAGAUGGCAUGAGUGGAGGCGAGGAGUCCUUCAACCUAAAUGACCCUGAUGAAGGCUUCUCAUCGGGCGCAUCCAACAGCAGCCAGCCCAGUGGGGGCAGGCCUGUGGGCAGCAGCGGGGGGGGCCGUGCCAGCAGCCAGAAGAGCUCCAAGAAGAGCAGCAUUAGCCGCACGUCCAGGGAGAGGGAGCGAGAAGCCUCAGUAGAGAAACAUAAAGAGCCACUCGUUGAUGCCCAGCCUACUCAGAGGAGACAGCAAUUGAGGCCACAGUCACCCCCACCCACCAUCACUCUGGACGCUAUUGAACUGAACCCCAUUAAAAAGCCGCAGAUCUUCUCCAUGGGGGGGACCGUGCUGACUCGGACUGCUAGCGCCUCGUCCAGCAUGCACGCGAGACUCAGCAGGUCCCGAGACGGAGCAGGAGCCGGAGCACUGGACCUUGAGGAAGGGGCAGCCUUGACUGGACGGUUAGGCUCCGGUGGGGGGUCCCACCGGCACUCCAACCUCAGCCUAAAGGAGGAGCACCUGGUGCGGCCGGAGGAGGGUAAAGAGCUGCUGUCUCCUGGAACCCCUCUAACCAAGCAGUCCCGUUCACCCAGUUUCAACAUGCAGAUCAUAUCACAGGUGUAGCCCUCCUGGCUGCCCGCCUCGUCACCAUCUUUUUGCCUUCGUCUCGUUUCCUUCAGUCCUUUUUUGUGGGGUUUUUUUUAGAGCCAUGUUGAAUGGUUCUGGUGUUGUCAGGGAUGUGGGUUAACCCCUUAAAGGAUUACACUGUUUUUUUAAAAUAAUUUCUAUUUGCCAGCAUGACCCACUGAAGUACCUGCCCAUUGUUCUUAGUUGAUUAUUGUCUAUGGUAAUAGACUGUACACUGCAGAUGCUGCAAAUAGAGAUUAGGUUGAAAAACGCUGCAGUAUUCCUUUAAACUCCAUGCUUAUUAUCCUCUUAAACCCUUAGGACCUGUAUGUGGGCCCACAUUUCAGUUCCUUCCUCUCAGAACAACAUAACAUACAUAAGUUUUAUGGCAGUUACUGAAUCAUUCAUAGCAGUUAUCAGUAAACAAACCUCCCGUCUAAGCGUUGGCCCUGUCAUCGGGAUAUUGCGAGUCUGAUCCCUGGUGAUGCUACAGCCUCUGUGGCCAGGAAUCCACGAGAGCACACUUGGUCACGCUCUCUGGGUGGGUAGGAUGUCUCACUCGCGCUGUCAUCCAGCGCGAUGCUAGCCAGCGCAGGCGGCUGUAAGCUGAUGUAAAAGAACUGGCGGUUACGCUGUCCUCCAAGCACAUUCAGCUGUCAAAUGACGUUGCGUUAGCGGCAGUUCGAAAACAUGUCUUUGAGGAAGACUGUGAUAGCUUUCGCUCUCCUAGCACUGGUGUAUCAUGUAAUUGGGGAAGUCCUAACUAGUAUGUGGAAUUGGAUAUGUCUAAAUUGGGUAGAAAAUUGAAUUGAAAAUUGCUAAUAAAUAAUAAUAAAGACUAAUAAGCCUAGAGUUUAAGUGGUUAUUCAGUUAUUAAUCUUAAUGCUGGUUAUUUCUGGCGUUCUCAGUAGGAUACCACAAAAAUGAAAAGAGUACAGAGCAUCCUCUGGACAUUUUCCACCUUAAAUAAUUAGACGUCACUGUUUAAACUCUCCACUGACAGCAGUGCUUUUUUGCUGGUAAUGCAGUUUCCAUGGCAACAUUUCCAUGGCUGCAUUCUACCGUCAGUCAUGUACUGCUAUUUGGCAUGGAAAGAUUUUUGCGUGUAACUGCAGCAUAAGGCUUAUUUUUCAUUUAAUUCUAUGAAUUAAUCAGCAACUGCUAUGAAACUACCAUGUAGCAUAUGUAGUUAUGAUGGUGAGGAAAUGGAAGUUUUCACCUGCUGACAGAAGUUCAUGGGGUUAACUCCACUGUGUCUUUCUUUAUUUUUCUUUCUCUCUCUUUUCUGUCUCUCUGUUUUACCCCUUCCUUCUCUCUCUCAGACCAAACCAAGCAUUCCACUUGAGGCAGACCAACACAUGACAGGAUGUUGUGGAUUUGGAUGUAGUGCCUGGUCUGCACUGGUCAAGGGACCAGAGUCCAGCAUCUCCACUGUGAGGCUAUAAACCCAUCACCCAGUCAUCUACACCUGGUCAGACAUUGGGAGUAAAACUGAUUGGCUGUGGAGUGGCGUUUACAAUCCUGCCUUAAGCAUUCACUAUAACAUAAUAUGCUAACUAAUUUACACUGAAUGACCAAAAAUGGGAAAUGAUUAGCCUGAAUGCCACCCUCUCUGUGGUAGAGUUGUCAUAGUCUUAAAUAAAAUCAUUACAGUAGUUUUUCAACCAGUUUAAAAAAAAGUUUAUUAGAUAAUUUGCAGUGGAGAUGGUGGCCAGACAUUCUGGCUGAACGGUUAAGUCAAAUAAGCUAUGUGGUGAGCAGUGGAGACCAGGCAUGUUAUUUUGGGAAUUCAGAGAUUAGUUUACUCACAUAAUCUAUAUUUCAAAAGAAGUUAGAAAUAAAGCAAUAAGGUUUGGGUUGUUCACCUGACAAGAUUCUAAACAAUCGCUGCAGUGUCUCGAUAUGCAUUCCUGCUGAACCCUCGGGUCAUGUGCAAUCUCUAUCAAGACGUUCUUUAUUGUAAACUGUUAAUAGUUUGUUUUUGUUUUUUUUUCCUCUUUUUUAAAUCAUUUUACGUGCUAAGUUCCGUCCCAAAGACUGGGCUUUAUUUAAAAUUUAGUAUGUUUUCAAUCUAUAAACAUGGAGACACUGAAUUUAGAAAAUCAAUUGUAGUUUUUAUUGUUAUCUUCGACCUUGAUUUUAAUUGAAUGAUUUAUAUUGUUUGAGAAUUUACAGUUUGACCUCUUUUAUUUGUUUUUAAUCAACAGUUUAAUCAGAAAAUGUAUUUUGUUGAUUUAUAGUUGUUUUAGCAUUCUCUGUCUCAGAUAGAUCUUCAGACAAAAAGAGGCCAAGAAACUUGAGGAUGUUGCCAACGUGUAUCUGCUGAGGAUCUGAAGCUAAGGAGGAUAAAAGGAAAACCUUGCUGACAUGACUGACUUCACAUGUACACUGAGAAAGCCUCAACAGCUCAGUACAUCUGAGUGGUCAAACAUUUCUUCUUAUGACCUUAUAUCUUAAAAGAGUCUUGUGGCGAACCUUCAAGCGUGUGAUUCUGGUGUGCUAUAAUCAACAUUCUCUAGUUAAAGAUACAUGAUGCUGUAAUAUCCCUUAUUGUCUAGUAAUGCCAUCAGAAGUCACAGUUUAUGUCUGUAUGAGUCUGGUUUGGUGUGAGCUCGUACUGUGUUUGUGUUGAGCUGUUAACAGGACUCUGUGUGCUGCUGUAUUGCGUCUGUAAUGAGGAAAUCGGACAAGGAUCCACAUUUCAUUUGUUCUACCUCGUCUUCUUUCCAUCGACCAUUCAUACACUAGACUUGUACACAGUCACUCUUCCAAAUACCCACAUACAAAUCAGUCGUAUUAUAGAAAUGUAGUCAUGGUUCUACUAUCCAGUAGCAUUUCAUGAGAGGCCAUGAGUGCUUAAGGAAUAUCCAUUAAUAGUUUACACAUUCAGACCUUGUCAGCCUUGUUGCUAUUGUGGUAUAUUUGUGGUGCAUUUAAGUAGAAAGUACAUCAUCUUGUGAGACAAAUGGUGACUCAAAAGCUGACUACAGCUGUGGUGGCAACCAUUUCUUAUGACCUUAUGUCUUCAAGAUUCUAGCAGAAGACCUUCAGAUGUGAUUCUGGUGUGCUACUCCAUUUUCAUAGAGGAGAAUGGUCUAAGCUAGUGACCAUAAUCAUAAGAGUGUAGGCAAUAGUUCUAAGUAUGAUUUUUCACGUGAGGUCAAACAGAACUUUUCUUGUUGAUACUGUGAUUUUUAGAUGUUCUAAGCUGGCUGGCUGUUGAUGUUGCCCCACAAAUGGUUAGUUUGAAUGUUGGUAACCAGUUUUCAUCACACUGAGCCUAUGAUUCCUUGUGAUUCCUCUUGUCUUGUGCCAAUAUCCAAUUAAGAACAACUCUGGAUUAUCAACUCUUUGCUUUACCAACUAUAUUUAGGAUAAGAGAAGAUUUAAUCUAUUUGGAUAAAUGUGUGUCCAAUAACAUUUCUUAAUCAUGUCUCCUCCAGCUACAGUUAUGUCCUUUUUCCACAUUUUUUCUGCUGUAACUAGCUGCUAUGAUGAUCUCGAUUGUGUGUGAACAUGUACCUAUUGUGUAUGCUAUAAACGUGGUGUGUGGAUCCGCAUAUGUACAUCAUUCCUGUAGGCAUUGCUCCUUAUAUAUGUGUGUAGGGUGUAACAUCACUCUGCAAUAGUCCUUAGCUGUUGUAUUUUUGGUUCUGUGGGUUAUUGAGGUGGGGUGAGUUUCCUUGAAGUGUCGUAGCACAAAAAGCUUGUGAUAAACCAAGCACUGGAUAGGCUUAAGAUGAUUUUAACUCUACAGUGGCAAACUAGGUCCUUAAUUUUUUAACUAUGCUCAUGCUGUGUCAGCAGUAAGGUAAAAUGGAGCUCGGAAUAGUAUGUAUGCUGAGGUGAGACUUGCUGUAAGGUUAAAAACCUGUUUCUCUGUGAAUAGGAGGUCUGCUGGUUCAUGCACUCCCUGCUGGAUUGUUUUGUGGUCUGGACUUCUAGUUGGACAGCAACUGGCACAUUUGUGAAUGCUGCACAGUUCUAUAACUUGGGCUUUUGCCAGUAGACAGAUUAGUUUCAUCUACUGAAGUGUUUUAUCUGUAAAUGACUGAUGGCUACUGCUGGUAAUAUGGUGGACUUGCACCACCGUUGUUCCUGGUCCCGACCCGCUCUGACCAAACCAACCAACCAGAGAGAGAAGUGUGUUCACUCUUUCCUCUGGUUUCUUUUUGACUACACUGCAUUUGGUAAGUUUAGGCCUUGUUUUCGUACGAUGCACUUUAUCCAGUCCUUGGUGUCAUUGGUGGCUGAUGUGUAUAUGCGUGUGUGUCUGUGUAUGUGUGAGAAAAAAUCUUGCUGGAUGGUGCAACAGAUGCGAAUGCCAAGUCCGACUACAGCCUACUCAGCAAUCAUUGCAGUGGAACGCAUGCUGUUCUGCUCAGCAAUGACUGUAAUGGAGCACAUACAGUUCAUUUUCCUCACAAGCCAAAUACUCUGUACUGGAACAGGCCUCAAAGUGUUAAAAUCUGCUGUAACUUUUUUUUUCCUUCUCCAAGACACAACAGUUGUUAGUUUGCCCAGUUUCAGUACAAAUUGAUUCUAUGCAAUGUUUUUGUGUUUGUUUUCUGUUUUUCCUCCUCUCAUAGUGAAUUAAAACUAAGAUCAUUUGGUAACUGGCGGAUUGUUCAUCUCAGAUUGCUGUUCUGCUUGUCCUCCUCAGGUUUUUCAGUGAGGAACUGCAUUAGAGUUGCUGCUGUUUUACGCAAAUGGUUUUCAAAUCAGGUGUAGGAUCAGAGGUGAUAAGCAUUUCUUUAUGGUAGUCUAUAUGCCAUUGUGUCUGUGUAAGAGAAUAUAAAAGCCUCACCAUGGUGAGUGAUGACUGACUCAGAUGGACCUUCUCAAGGUUGUGGGACUCUUCAAUGUGAGACGUGCCUGAGGUCUUAAGGAUUCCUCAAACAAAGGCAUACUGUUAUGCAAGCCUACAGAGUACAUGGAAAGAGUGUGAAAAAGGUUAAAGACAGAAAAAGAGCUGUAACAAAGCAAUUUCAGAAGUGAAACACUGUACCAUUGAUGAUGUAAAUGAAAAGAUUAUUUUAAAUCCUUGUAAAUAAAACUGUACAAAAGAGUGAAACAAGAAGAUAAGUUACUAUCACUGCGAUGCAGAAAGAAUCUGUAUAUUGGUGAAUAAAUCUUGUGCUGUAA